AUGGUGGACUACGAUGCAGCUGGAGGCGAGCGUUACUACGCCAUUAAUGCCAAGUACCUGCUGCGAGACGCUCUGAAGCAGGAUGGGGCAGAGGUCUUCGCUCACCUAGUCUUACACCAGAAGAAGAGGAAGCGUUCCACCGGCAGCCAGCCGACGCCAGAGCCGCUACCGGACGGCCCCGGCCACAAGAGACCGCGCGCAGCGGCGGCCGACAGCAGCCCAUCGGCGUUGCCGGCGACGCUUGAGACAGAGGUCGCCUCGAGGCUUGGCGUCCUCACAGAGGGCCGGGAGGGGGUUGGCGGAAGUGUCAUGACCGGCGCAACGGCCCUGAAGAAGCAGAAGAAGAUAAAGGCCCGGAAGCGCGCGGCGCUGGCCGUUCGGCAGGCCGCAGAGGAGUGCGUUGCGGAGCCGGACAACCAGGCAGCCGCCUCUCACGGCGCGCAGCCUGCAGAGCAGCCGCGCUCGCAGAAAAAGGCUGCCAGGGGCCGCAGUGCGGACAGCAAUAGGAGAGAGCAGAAGAAGGGGAAGGGCCGUGUAGAGGUGAAGAAGGCUGAUGUGGCGGCAUCCGGCAAGCGGAAGGGGCGCCGCUCGCAGGCGGAGGGCGUGGCGGCUGCCGGGCAGCUCCCGCAGGCUGCGGAGGAAGCUGCCGCCGCAGCUUUGACGGCACUGGCGGAUGGGGCCGCGCAAGCAGGCGCCGCUGGAGCAUCCGAGCCAGAGCAGGUGCUGAGCGCCGGGCAGAGCAUGAAAUGGCGCAGGAGGGAAAGGAAACAUGGCAGCGGCGACGACGCGGCUCAGGAGCACCCCGCCGACGACACGCCAGGUAGUGCGGCCGCGGGAGCAGACGACGGCCUGCCUGCACCCAGUCACGCGCCAGCAAUGAAUGGCACAGAACCAGCAGGCGGUGCGGAAACGGACUCGCGCAGAAAGCGCCAGAAGCAUGGUGGCAGCAGCGAGCCGGCAGAGGCGCAUGCGAAGACGGCCCACGGAGUGGAAGCAAUGCAGGAAGUGAGCGAGAAACCCGAUACAAAUGGGGCAGCUGCGGAUGAUGGGGUGGUUGGUGCUGCACGACUGGCGAGUCCUGCCGGAGAGGAGAGCAGCGACGAGGACUCGAUUGCAAAGGCGCUAUCUGCUGUAAAGAAGUUUGGGGCAGAGAGCACCUCCGAAGACGAGGGAGACAGCCCCACAGCUGCAGCAGAAAAGGCGCCUGCAGCGCCCGAUGUGGCGCGCAAAGCGCCCACACACGAGCCAUCAUCUUCCUCAGAGGCAUCUUCAUCAGAGUCUGAGUCCGACUCGGAGGACGAAGCAGAGUCCAAUGGCGGCAUUGGGAGCCAGCUGCAGCUGGCGCAGCAGCCGCCGUCCAGCAAUUCUGCCGACGCCGCAGCAGAGGGGGAGACAGCUGCAACGGUCGCAGAACAGCCGCACAGCAGCGGCAAAGAGUCGUCCGAGGAGGGCAGCUCGUCAGAGGAGGAGUCGUCCGACAAUGAGGGUGCUGCGCAGCCAACUGAAGGAGGCAUCGCCCCGGGCCUGGUCGCGUAUGGGCAGGCAGCUGCAGGCGCAAACGGGCCGGCUGAAUCGGAGGGACCCGAGAAGGAAGCUGGCGGGAAGGGGCAGGAAGCUGGAGGGAAAUCGAGCGAAGAGAGCAGCAGCGAGGAGGAGUCGGAGGGAGAGUCGGGGGAGGAAAGCGAAGAGGACGAGGGAGAUGAUGAGAUGGAGAGUAAUGACGCCUCACCAGAGACUGCCGGAGUCAAGGGGAGCGCUACCAUGGCCGAUGGCGAGAGCGAGUUUGACCGGCUGAAGAACGAAGCCACGCAGAAGGUGCUUGACACCCUUGCAGACAUGCCAGAUGCCAUCUCCAUGCUUUUGGCUGCCAAGUCAGCCAGGAAGAAGGCGCGGGAGAGCAAAGGCGGGAACGAGGCCGGCACGCAGGAGGCGCCGACAACGCCGGUGCCAUCAGACGCUCGGCUAGCGUCCAUGGCCGAGGCGCUGCAGCGCCAGAAGGAUUCACAGCAGCAGGCUGACAAGGCGGGCGCUAGUUCUGCCUCCGGCCCGAAGGGGCAUCCAGAGCUUCUGCCGCUGGCCGAGUACAAGACAGAGUCUGAUCUUCGCAAGGCACUUCGAGCAGCGCUCAUCCCCAUGGUGAACUCGCAGCAGGGCACCAGCCACAAGUCUGCCACGCAGGUGCUGGCGCAGGGCACACAGCCAACCUGGUGGCCGCUGGACAAGUGGGGCAAGAAAAUUCUGGACCGCAGAUGGAAGGCCUUGGAGGCUGUGUACCACGCGUUGCAGGAGCAGAGGCGGCUGCUCGCUGGCACCAGCACAGCCUGA